GGGGGUCCAGUGCUUGCGGCAGCCAUCAACACGGGGGUUCGCUUCUUUUUCCUCCCCACCCCAACUCCUCAGGUUGUUGUCGCGUCUCUCCAGUUCAGAGGCACCGUGCGAUUCUCCUUCAGCACACAAGCAAGGCCGGUGAAGAGACAGAAGCAGCCAAACAAUCGUCAUGGAGGCGCGGAAGAGAAGGAAAGGAAGGAAGGAGGAGGCGAAGCAGAGGAGGAGCAGUGCUGGGGCAACUUUGGCCGAGGAGCAGUGUGGGCGCUGCUAGAGGCAGGGCACAGACUGGAACAGGGAGUGGUGGGAGUGAUGUGCGGGCAGCCAGGAAUGGACAGUGCUGGCGUUAGCUCCUCUGCAGCUGCAGACAGGUGUCGCAUUCCUAUUGGCCCUCGCCGAUGCCAACAACCUUUCGCUCUCUCCAGUGGAGCUCAUUGA